AUGUCUUUCAGCCAAGUCCCACAGGUAGAUGGAGACUUGUUCGGACCAGUCGAUAAUCAGCGGAAACAUGCGGUAGCACCACUCUCCCUGUUCGGCCAUGGUUGUGCUCAUCCCCAAUCACCAUUACACAUCUCUGAUGGCUCUCGUCACCGUCCAAUUGGGACCAACAAAUGGUACACUCAACUCCUACUGACACCCAAUGGGACAGAUCCCAUCUAUCCUUUGCCUUAUGCCCUGGCCUUUCUGGAUGGCAACUCCGUUCUCUCUCGCCGCGCACGCGAAGGUUCCGAGCCUUUGGUGGGACUCGGCAUCAUUCACUCCACAGCAGCCCAGAGAGUCUUUGGACCACCUGUCGGUCAACAAUCUGAUUCCGCCGUGCGAUAUUAUUAUAAUCCCGUUGUGGUUUCCGUUUGUCUGGGCGCCAAAGAGUUCAGCCAGUCGAAUGUCGUACCAAUAACGUCCGAUUGGUCUGAAUUGACUGUUCAGUUUGAGCUAUCGUCGCCGGCCAAUUUAUUGCCUCCCAAGUCUAGCAUAUCUUUUCCUGUCUCCCGAGGAUCUGCUUUUCUGACGGCUCUGUAUACCGCCCUCACUCCGACUCUGAGUUCCACCCACACCGUCAACUCCUUAGAAUGUGUCAAUGCUGGUGAAGAACAUCACCUCUUCGGAUUUCGUAAGCAUCGUCUUCGCUACAACGAUGGCUCGACUUGGUUAGUCUAUUCGCUCGGUGAACAGAGUUGCUUCACAUCCCACUUGGACCUCCGAAAAAUCACCCCCACGGAUGUCGGACAUGCUCAGGCUUGGUCCGGGAUGAUUCAACUCGUCAAGAUGAGUGAUCACUAUGAGCGACAACUAGGAGAAAACUCACACCGUGAGAGUGAAGAAUUUGUCUACGACAAUGGCAUUGGGGUUUGGACCCAAGCCGCCACACUGAGAUCUGGACCCAUCGGUACAGGACAGUAUUCGUUCGACUGGAUCACCAACGGGCCGAGGUCCGACUGCGUGCAACCGUUGAUGUUUGCCUUGCCACAUCAUGUCGAAGCCCUAUUAGAUCCAAAUAUCAUUGUGAGGCCGGAAAUCAAAAUCCAAUCACGGGUCACUGGAGUCAUGCGUCUCUGUCGCGCACCUAGAUGGACAUUCAAGGAAAACGUCGAGGAUCUCAGAAGUUACGGUAUCAAGCCUUAUCAUCUACCAAACGGCCCUCCACUCUACGACCCCUUAAAAGUGGACCUCUUGAGACAAGUCAUGGUCAAAGAAUUGGACACCGAUUUCGACGCAGAAUCUAAUUUAGACAGUUACUAUUUUUCUGGGAAGAAGCUCGCAAAACAAGCUUUACAAUGUCUCACGGCUUCGUGUGUUCUACAAGAUCAAAAUAUGGCGGCCAGGUUUGUCGCAAAGGCCAAGAAAAGUUUUGAUACUUUCCGUCACAAUCGUUCCAAAGCGGCCCCGUUGGUAUACGAAAAAACUUGGAAAGGUAUAAUUAGCUCGAGCAUAUUGCGCACCGGAAACAGGAAUGAUGAUUUUGGAAACGGGGUCUAUAAUGAUCAUCACUUCCAUUAUGCCUAUUUCAUUCAUGCGGCAGCGGUGCUUGUAUAUCACGAUCAUUCUUACUUGCACUCUGUCAGAGACUAUGUGUAUGAUCUAAUCCGCGAUGUGAACAACUCGGAUGAAUCCGACUCCUAUUUCCCGUUGUUCCGAAAUUUCGAUUGGUUCUUGGGCCACAGUAUGGCGACUGGACUCGAUACCAGCAUGGAUGGGAAGAAUCAAGAAAGCUGCAGCGAAGAUGCAAACUUUCUGUAUGGCGUAAAGGUUUGGGCAGAUGUCACUCAGAAUCCUCGCUUGGGUGCAUUGGCCGACUUGCAACUCAGCCUCCUAAAAAGGAGUGUAAAUCACUACUAUUACAUGAAGGAAUCAGACACGAACGCACCAGCGUGCUUCAAAGGGAAUCGAGUGCCUGGAAUAUUGUUCGAAAACAAGGCAGAUUACACAACAUUUUUCUCCAAUGAAAAAGAUGCUAUCCACAUGAUACAGGUUAUCCCAAUCACUCCCAUCACAUCCUUCAUGCGAUCUCCUGAGUUCAUAUGGCAAGAAUGGACCAACUCCGGUUCCCCUACAGAAAACACGAACCAGGUCUGUCAGAUUGCUACAAAGUUGACCAAUGGAUAUCAAACGUUACUCUUGACUCAAUAUGGCAUUGUGGACCCAAGCUACGUCUAUAACAUAUUCGUCAAGAAGCUAUGGAUGUGUCAAGAGAUACCGCUAGAUGACGGGCUAAGCUUGAGUUGGAUACUGGGAUUUUUGAUCAACCAAAUUGAACUGAAUAAACUAGAUAUGUAG